AUACAGAGCUCACCGAUCCGCAGCUGCCUCGAAGUGCGUCGGAGAUUUUCGAACUUGAGGGGACACCGUCGUCUUCGGCGUGGACAUGGAUGUAUGUACGCAGAGUCUGUACGCUUCGCUGCCUGCCCUCGUGUCGGAGUCACUGCGAUGGGCCAGCCUAGUGUCCCUGGCCUUCGGAUGGACCGAGGCCGUGCACCGCCCCUUGCCUUCAUCGUCCAAGGGGCGCAGCAUGACACUCAUGGACGGCGUGUUCACGCUCUUCAAUGUGGGAUCGUCGGUGACCGCGAUCAGACAGGGUGUCUAUAUGAUACGAGAGAAGCAAAACCUCUUCGAGAUCUGCCCCCGAAUCACGAGGACCGCAGCGGCCAGCUUCGCCAGCUCAGCGGUCCUGGUGACGCUGAGCAUCGUGUCGGCGUGGCGCAACAAGCGCGGACAGCCCUGCUCGGCCUACACCUGGUCCAUCCUGGGUCUCCUGGCCACGGCAGCCAUCAUCGACGCCAUGGCCUCGGCGCAGCAUCUGUGGUCCUCGGACAGGAUGGUCUUGUCUGACUUCAACUACCAGAGCGGCGUAAUUAUGGUGAACAUAUCCUCCGUGUUCUUCCUUAUGGGCUCAUUUCUCAGCACUGGUCUUCGAGACCGUAUCAUCUUCAAAAGCGAUUACCUCAAGUGUAAGGAGAGAGCUCAUGAUGACACUUCGUCACCGCUCGGCAUUUUUGUCUGCUGGCCACUGCGCACCCACCUAGCGAACGUCGUCCUUCGAUCCAAGGUCAUCAUGGAGGACGUGCCCCUGCUGCCCUAUAGGUACAAGUGCGCUCCGCUGCUGAGGCAGCUAAGCAAUCACCUUUCGGGAGGAUGGAACAAGACCAUGACCACUGGGCGCUUUGUAGCGACGAUCCUGGGGGUACUGUGGAUUGACGUCGUGUGGACGGUCGUGAGCACACUCGGCUACUUUGGCAGCGUUAUCAUCAAGGUGCCGAUUUUGGAGUAA